CAUAGCAACGGGACAAACACAACACAAGACAAGCUAGCGUAAGCUGCUAGUUAGCUAGUGGCCAGAAAGCGGACAGAUUCUAACCGAGUUGUUAUUAGAGCCUGACUCAAGAAGAAAAUCCAUUUGGAUCACUGUAGACAAGCUGUUUUUUUUUUUUCGAACUUCAGCUCGCUAGCAUCAACUGACGUUACCUAGUUAACGUUAGUUAUAACGGCAUACCUUAGUUAAUUAACGCGAGUUACGAUGUCGUCUCCUGGAAGUACAGCGGAUGUUUUUCAGCAGGUGAACCAGUUCUGGUCGAUUCUGGAUGAUCUUUCUCAAAGUGACCCUGCUGCAUAUAAUGAGUUCAUCAAGAAACAGAUGAAGGAAGGAGCGGAAUUUUGUGCACCUCCUGAACUGGACUCGUGUUUGUGCACUGAAAUACUGGAGCCGAAGAAAGGGUCACUGUACAUCAACAUAUGCAGCUGGAAACGCGUGCCCGCGCCCCGAGAUCCCAGCAUGCCUUUGCCAGCGUGUGCAGGACAACUGGAAACUGACACAGAUGAACGUCAAGGUCGGUACUCUGUGCUGGAUGUGGCAUUCAACCCUGCAGUGCUACAGGAAAGUAAGAAAGACAAAAGAGAAGUACAUAGACUGGCCCUGGGCUUUGCCCAGCAACAGCGUGCGAUGAGUUUAUCGCAGCACUACGCUGUCGUCAACUGCAGCCCAAAAAGCAGCCCGCAGGACGUGCAGCGCCGGCUUGGGUAUCAGCAGUGGCCCAACACCUCAAGCCAACCGGACAUAGCUACUCAGAACCCUUCUGCCCUUCUUCAGCAAAUCUCGUCUCUACGGUCUGAGAAUCAACACACGGAGCCAGCAGGUCAAUUUAUACCCAGACCUGGAGAGCACAAAAAGACAAAUUUGAUCCAGGUCAUCUCAACUACAUUUGUGCAGCCUGAGAAGCCAAAGCAUCAACUUGAGGUGAAGACCGAUACAGUCGGAAGUGCUCACAGCAUGGAGCUGACCGUGGAUCUGCCAAAGGUCUGCUCCAUGUCGGAGUGCCAGCUGAGAAUCUCCAAGGACGACGUCUUACUUGAAGUGGAGGACGUCUACUAUUUACUUUUGGAAUUCCCCAGAACUGUGAUUGAAGACACUGCAACUGCCAUUUUUAACAAGAAAACACGAAGGCUUACUUUAAAAGUGAAUGUUUUUUAACGAAUUGACCAUACGGAGAUACAAAUAAACACAGACCUUACUUGUCAUGCUGGUAAUAAGCCAAAGAAACUGCGAUUGUAAGGCUAAAUUCUGGCACUGACAAUACCUCAAAUUGAAAAAAUAAAAAUAAAAAAUCCUGCUAUGCAGCGGGAAAAGACUUUUGAAUGUUAAACUGAUUUUCUCCCGAAUCCAAAUGAUGUUUUUACUGAAACAAAUAUUCCUCUGUGUCCCUUAGUGCUGUGUGGGUUGAUCUGCAACAGCAAAUGUAAUUCUUAACCCCAAAAAAUAAUUGACAUAAAUAAAAAAACUGUGGGUUGUGUUUAUA